GGUAUUUAUGAAGGUUUAUUUGUGUUACAUACUAGCUGAAAUUGUUUCAUUUUCAUAAUUCAACCCACAAUUUUAAUGCUUGUUCUUCUGUGGAUCGAUCAGUAGCCAAUGCUUUCACGUAUUAUUUACAUUAAAAUUACACAAUUAAAUUUGACCUUGUGAUUCAAGUCUGAGAUUACCUAUUUUAAAUCCCUUGCUUCUACCUAGUCAGGGGAUUUAAUAGAAUAUCCAUCAAAUUAUCAAAGCCAUUAUUUUUCAUUCUGCUUUCACUAACAGAAUCGAUGUUUCAGUCAAGAAAGUCAAUUUCUUUCCUACUAUUCACUUUUUACAUAACAAUUUACUGCCAGUCAACGAUCUUUGAUCCUGAAACCGGUAAACACUAUCCAAUAUCAGAUUCUUCUCGUAUAGAAGACAUCCCAUUUUUGUUGCCUAGUCCUGAUCCUAAAGAGUAUCCACCAGAAUUUCUUAACUCUUUACUGGAGCAUUGUAAUGAUCCCAUGCCUAGUUACAUCGAACUGUUCUCAAAAGCUUGGAUUGCUUUUAAAGAAAUGGGUUUUAGCAAAUCAACGUUUCAAAACACUUUCUUAUUUGUUCGCCGCAUCAUCUCUGCUAUACGUCCAUUACAAGUGUUUCAUGCUUUACUGACAGGCUUUUUACUUACUCUUCUUCGAGUGUAUAUCACACGAAAGCUUUAUACGAGGCUUAUUACCGAUGUUGGUGUAACUCCAGAAGUUUCUGGUAAACUUAUUGAAUCUGGUUGGAAAUGUUUUUGGUUCUUAUUUAUGUGGCUUUUUAGCCUACAGGUUGUAGUUUUAAGUGGCAGAACAGAUUUCCAAUAUCCCUUGUGUGUCUUUCGUAAUAACAUAUUUACAAUUGGCUACUUUGAUAUUCCGACCCCUCCUGAUUACUAUUGGCUUUAUACACUGCAGUUAGGAUUCUAUUUACAUUCAUUAUGGAGUGUAUUUUUUAUGGAUUUGUGGCGUAAAGAUUCUUCUGUAUUAGUUCUACAUCAUUGUUUGACACUUUUACUGCUAGAAGGUUCAUUAUUGCUAAGAAUACAUCGUGCGGGUGUUGUAACUUUACUUCUACAUGAUUUAUGCGAUGUAUUUUUAGAAUUCGGUAAAAUAAAUGCCUACUUGCGUAUUCGACGCGGAAAAGUGUAUACUAUUCACGUAACUAUUGCCAAUAUAUGUUUUGCACUAUUUGCAACAUCAUGGGUUGUUUUACGACUAUAUUUAUUCCCAUUGAAAGUUUUAUACGCUUCCUCUUGGGGAGCUUAUAUUUGUUUAGUCGGUCGAGAAAACAGAGGAUUUCUGUUUUUCAAUUUACUGCUAUGGUGUUUAUUUGUAAUGCAUAUAUAUUGGUUUACGUUCAUUAUACGUAUGGCCAUUCGAAUGUUUACAAGUCCAUUAGAAGCAUGUGAUGAUAUACGUGAAGAUACACCGAAUAAAAAGAUCGACAAUAUGAAUCUGUGUAAUCAUAAGACUACAUCAGAAACAGUUUUAAACAAUAAUCAUAAUCAUAUCACUGCUACUUAUACUGCCACUGAUAUCACUGAUACAUCUUUCAUUGUAAAGCAGAUUAAACGAAUAGAAAAUAAUAGUGAUAAUAAUCAUAUGGAUAAAUCUUUGACAAAUGGAAGUACAUACAUAUCAACCAAGUGCAAUUAACUAGAAUUUAUUUGUUAUAGACAAGGAUGAAUUGUUAUUUACACAUAAUAUAACUUGUGAACAAACUAUAUUAGAUAAGUUUGUGUUUCAUACUCAUUCCAUUUUAUUCUAUUCAUUACUGUUUUGUCAAUGGUUAUUUUCUAUGCUCCUCUCUUAUUUUAUAUUCUAUUCACAUAUCUAUUAAUUUGUAAGAGAUUCAAAUUUUCUUUUCUGUAUGUUUUAAUUGUUGUUUGUUUACUUCUCGAUUUCACUACACAUUGAUUUUUUUCACAAUGAGAUUGACACACACACACACACAUACACAUUGCAGUUAACUAUGGAUCUUUUAUAAUUUCAACUCUUUCAAUAUGGUGGCGCUUUUCCUUCAAGAAUUCUUGUUCAAUGUCUUAAUAGAGAUAUAUACAAGUCACUAUUAUUUUGUAUUUUGUUUGUAUUCUGAGAAAAACGAUUAAAUUUGUAACCAGAUGUAUUAGGUGAACUUGAGUUUUAUUUUGUCUUUCUGUGAUCUUUAUGUGUAGUCAUUUCUGUAUGAUAUGCGUCUAGACACGCCCUCCCAAAUAGAAGUAAAAUAAUACUUAAUAUUGUUGUUAUUAUGUAAUGAGAGUGGGAUAAAAAAAGAUCCCAUGGAAAGUGGGAGUACACAAUUUGUACUUGACUUUCUCAUAUAUUACCAUAUGUAGAUCCGAUUGUAAUGUUAGUAAAUAUCUCCCUACCUCUUUUUCUUUCACUCUCUGUAUAUUGUAUGAUGUAAUGAAAUCAUCAGUCUUCUUUCUUUUUUUUAUGUAUCAUUUUGAACUUCUACUGUUUUCAUUAUUUCGACUUUCACUAUAGUUUUUGGAGUGGUUUUUGUCUUUUGUUGUUGUUUACACUUUUGUUUUAAUAAAACAAAGAAAAGAGUAGUGAUAAUGAGAGGAAUGAAACUCAAGAAAAA